GCCUCACCAACCCAAACAUGUCCAUCGGGACCGUAUCGGGCGACGCCAUGCGGCACCGCUGCGUCGAGAAGUUCCGCGAGCUGGCCGCCUCGGAGCAGGGCCUGUGCGACGAGGCGAGCCUCGAGCAGAUCGAGGCGAGCGAGCUCGACACGGUCGAGGCGGAGGCGCGCUGGUGGUCCGACAAGACGGAGUCGGAGCGCGACUUUCAGGCGCGGGUCGCGGAGCUGGUCUCGCAGAUCCGCUACUCGCCGCACGAGUCGCUGGUGCUCGUGACGCACGACGACGUCUUCCACGAGCUGCUCGGCCGCCACACGCACACCUCGGCGCACGUGCGGCAGGGGCCGCUCCUCAAGCAGAUGACUUCGGGCUCCGUCCCCUCGUGCCAGCUGCUGUGGUGUUGCAUGGACUUUGGGCGUGAGCACGCCCAGCCGAUCACGGACGUCGUCGAUAUGUCAUCGCUCCUGCAGGUUGCGAUGCCGCAGCAGCCCAGGCGGGGGAGGUCAGUCUCCGGGAGAGGGAGCGAGUGAUGGGGCCGCGCCCUUGCUCCCUUCCUCGCUGCGUAUGGGCGCCUCUCGCGAGUGCUUGUGUUCUGAUGUUGUGCAUGCACACGCUCACGCACUCGGCUCACGGCUGUCACGGUCUCUUCGCGCUGCGGGCCCCUCUUGGGAUACCGCUUGUACACACACCAGACCAGACCUUACACUUGUGCGUGGUGCUCUGAUGGAGAGGGGGUCGUGAUUCCGUUUCCCUUCAGAAAAUAUCGCCGUCCGCAC